AUGAACUGGGCCUCACUCCAAGAACUUGUCAGCGAGGUGAACCAGUACUCCACAGUUUGGGGGCGUAUCUGGUUCAAUGUGGUCUUCAUCUUCCGGCUCCUUGUAUACACAGUGGCAGCUGAGGCCAUCUGGUCUGAUGACCAGCACGACUUUGAGUGCAACACACAGCAGCCAGGCUGUACCAAUGUCUGCUAUAACCAGUUCUUCCCCAUAUCCCAUAUCCGUCUCUGGGCCCUCCAACUCAUCCUAGUGACCUGCCCUUCUUUAUUGGUUCUCCUGCAUGUGGCCUACCGGAAAGUCAAAGAGCAAAAACACAUGGAGGAAGCUGGCAGACACUGUGACCUGCUUUACCCCAACCCCGGUAAGAAGCACGGAGGGCUGUGGUGGACCUACCUCUUCAGCCUCCUCUUGAAGGUAGCUGUAGAUCUGGCCUUCCUCUAUAUUUUCCAUUCAAUCUACCACAAUUUUGAUCUUCCACGGCUGGUGAAGUGUGUUGUGGCUCCUUGCCCCAACAUGGUCGACUGCUUCCUCGGCAGGCCUACAGAAAAGAAAGUUUUCACCUACUUCAUGGUGGCUGCCACUUUGGUCUGCAUCAUCCUUAAUCUCUGUGAGGUAGCCUAUCUCGUGGGUAAGAGGUGCAAAGUGUUUGUAUCUCUGCAGAGACUGGCAUAG